CUGAUUCCCUUCGAGCAUCUCUUCCAAUUCUCGCAAGUCGCCAAAUUCACCAAAGUCAUCACCACCACCGAAUUCACCAAAAACCUGAUGCCAACUUUAUGGCCACCUCAAAACCGCACAUCAUUCUGUUGGUCACCAAGACAAUCGAUUUUCGAAAAAUCCGCUAAACCCGGAUGUCAUCCAAAAGAAGGAAGUCCCUUUGGACCAUAUUGGAAUCAUUUGAAUGUGGAAUUUGUGAGUGAUCAAUUUUUUGGCGAUAUUCCAGGAGGCUAUGAUUUGAAUGUUCUUGGAGCAAGAAGAGCAUGGAUUGAGAAGUUGGUGUUUUUUUUAUUCACAUUCAGAUUUAUAUUAACUUUUAAAAAAUGUUUUCAGAUAUCCAUCUUCUGAAUAUCCAGUUUUGGCAUUCUCAAGUGCUCCUGCGGUUUUCCCCAUCAAAAUCAAAAACUUGGCAAAUUCAAAAAUAUUUGAGAUGGACAUCAAGAAUUACUGA